AUGGAGGCGAGCAAAAAGCGAAAACGCGACAUUGACUACCCCAGGAUUACCUACGACGUUGCGGACAGAACAUUCGACCGCUUGUUUAAAGAGGAGUCUUUGGACGAGAUGAAGCAGGUCGUUCGCAAGAAAAUGGGCUAUUCUUCAGACAUACCUCUACACCUCGCCCAACUGCGUGAUAGCAAGACGGUUGACCUUGAGGAUGAUGAUGACUUUGAUGCCUUUUCCGCUGCCACCUACGCUGUGCCUGUAAUCGUAGUCCGAGUGACCGUUGGGAAACCUACAAUUGCCCCAGUAACUACCCAAGAACGCUCGGGCGCUUCACAGGUGAUUCUUUCGACGAAUCUGCCUUGUUCUUAUCUGACACCGCAGAAGACCGAUGUAGUAGCUUCUGCCGCUCAGACUGACGAAGACAACAAUGAACCCACUUCAAGAGUCCAAAAAUCAGCAAAAAAGCGCAAAAUUUCUCGAAAUGAUGCGUCAAGCGUAAAGAAAAAAGCCAUCAGCAAAGACACAGUGCCCAUAAAUGGCUCUGAGGCUACCUGUGAACCCGGGGCGACAACGGAUUCGGCUCAGGACAAGAGCGUCGAACAGGCAAGUGCCGGUGGUGAAAAGAAGCGCAAACGGAAAAAGGAUUCAGCCGAAGCAGAGCCUCCCCAAGGUAGCCCAGCGCGUGAAUCCCUUGUGAAUAACUUUCCUACAUUUGUGACAGAGAAAUCCAAGAAGAAGAAAACUAAGGCUGCGGACCACGACGCUACAGCAUCUGGGGCCGCUUCUAAAUCAGCAGAACCUCCAAAAGCAACAACCAGCGAAUUACCACAAGAUGUCCAGGCAGCUUCAAAUGUAACGAAACCUGAAAAGCUCAAGAAGUCAAAAAAUAAGUCAAAAACCUCGAGUGCUGUUGUCGAAGUCAGCGGCGAUGAAGCAGAACGAGUGGAUCACCGUCCGGUGAACCCUCUCCCGUUGGCGGAGAAGCUCGCUGAGGCCAUUUCCCAGACUGGAGACAAGAACAAAAAUUUGCCGAUACCGUCAGAAGAGCCUCGUGCGAAGAAAAAGCGUGGCAAGAACGAGAAGGAAGUCAAACCGAUAAAUCGCAAUAAAUCAACUCUGGAGCCUUCUUCUCAAAGUAAGACGAAUAACACGACAGAAGGCAACAAGGAUGCCAUGGCUACACUUCAGAAAAUAAUAGCCUCACGAAGAACAACCACCCCCGCCGUCGCAUCAAAAACGCCUGCGCAAGAACCCACCGCUCCCAAAGAAACCGAGAAUGCAGUGGUGAAAGGGAAGACAUCGAGGCCACCGGGGAUUAAAGCCACUGAAAUUCAGCCCAACGGUGUGGAAUCCCCGACCAGAAAGCGAUCUUCAGGAACACAGAGUUGCCCAAUAUGCAAGGAAAGUCCGCUGCAUCUGAGGUUUCAGUGCCCCGUCGUUGUACGAGGCGUAGAAGCUCUUGAGACUCGCCUUGCAGAGUUGCAGGAAGACACCUCGGUGGACCAAUCUCAACUCAUUGGAGAACUGAAGAUGAUGAUUGAAAGGAAGCGCAAAACAGCAAAAAUGCCGAAAACAAAAGUCAUUUCUGACGAUUCGACCUCCCUUUCAGGUUCCAGCAAAGUAGCCGCUGUUGCAAAACCGCCUCAAGCUGGCAAGAAGAUAUCUAUUUUGAAAGACUUGCCUGUUCCCGGAGCGUUAUCUGCACUUGGCAGUGUAUCUUACACCGAUCUUGAUUUGGAAGCGAUUAUUCGCGGCCCUCGGGUUUCUCUGACGGCUGCCAAUAUCCCAUCAACUGACACGAGUGAGGAUGAGGAAGAACGAGAUGAGGGCAAAGCUGGGGGUUUGCUUGAAGAUGAGGAAGUGGUGGUUAAAGUCAAACAUUCAAGGAAACGACUGAGUUCAGGGUCUUCGGACGAGGAUGAGGAAGAGGAAGAGGAAUCGAACAAAUCUGUUGACACACCAAGGCAAACUAUUUCACCACCCGUCGUGAAUGCGACCGCCUCCGAACCACGGCGCAGCUCCCCGUCGGAGAGUUCGGACAACGGGGAUAGGUCCUUCAUGGACGUGGACGGACAGGGAGAAUCUGUAGAAAUCGACAAGACGGGGGAUGCUGCUUUCAGUGAGGCCUUGGCGGACGAUACUGCUGUGUUGAAGGUAGCAAUCGACAAGCGGCCUCCUGAAUCUCAAGCUUCUAAGCGUCAUCAGACUGACGAUGAUUCGGAUACCGCGGUUGCGAGUCAGAAAAACGAAGGCGAUAGCGCAGUACCUGUACCAAUCGAAACAGCAGGCAACGCUCGGAAUGAUUCCAUCGAACCAGCCGAAUCUCCUAAAUCUCCCGAGGCUCCACAUAGCCCAAUCAUGGGUAGCAGUCAGAUUCCGCCUUUACAAUCCACGCCGAAGCUAUCUCAGAGCAUGAGAACACGAACAAGACAAUUGUUAGCAAAAUCAGGUGCUCCAUCACCAAUGACGAAGGCAAUGAAGCUCCUGGGCAAUAUCCAUGAGGGUAAUGGCCCUUCGCCACAAGGAAAUGAGGAUAGCGUCGCAAGGAGAACCAGGACUGCAACGAGGUCAUUAACACAGCUCCCCAUACCUGUUUUAACUCCCAGAGUGAUCAAACCACCUAUGGCCAGUCAGCCUCAUCCGCAAGCUCAAGAAGAAGAGGAGGAGGGGGGGGAAAGUCCGGCCGCGGUGCCAAAUCCUCCUCAGUCAUCAAUGUUGCCUGGCAAAACGCCAGCCAAACCCUCCUCAAAAACUUCUGCGACUACUAAAGCUCGUGCCAAAACGCCUGCAAAGGUGCCACCAAAGACUGCCCUCAAAGGCUCAAAGCUGGCCAGCAAAGCCAGUGCGAGAGGCAGAGGCAAGACCAACGAUGUCAACCAAGAGGAAGCAAACACCUUCGAUGCCGAUACUAACGGCGAAGACUCAGACGUCCCCGAGCAGGCGUCGUUGAACACUUGGGAAGUUUUGAACGAUAAUUCAUCCGUGGUUGGGGAUAUAACAAUGAUGAUGGAAGAUGAGCUGCAGUCCAGUCCGAGUACUCAAACUCCGUUCCCAAAAUUCGCGAAUGGGCAGAGCACGAGAGAAUCCGAGCGCGAUCCUGCAUCACAAGACAAGGGGCCGUCGACAACGAAAGAACCUUUGUUCAUCCUCACGGAAAGUCAGCCAGGAUUCCCCUACUCCCAGUGGGCUACGGGCCAUGGCCCCGAAUCAGCGAACGACUCCGAGGACGAGGAAGAGGUGGCUGCAGUCGUGAAACCGCAAUUGGCCAGACAGAUGGCGUCACAUUCGUUUCGACGACUGACAGAUAUCACCGCCAGUCAACAACUUUUCCAAGCGCCCAUCAAGAUGCAACCUUCACAAUUAUCUAGCUCAAAAGAUACAUCGAAUGACCCGUAUGGUCGGAAAGGAAAGGAGUCUGAGUCUGAGGAGUCGGACACGGAGUCCGAUUCGGAUGAGGAUACACCUACGCACAUUCCCAAGGAGAGGAGAGCGGGCCGAGUAAAGUAGAAUGAAGCGUGCUGCUUACGAGCUGUUGAAAAUAGCAUUAUAUAAUCAUGUACACGUGACUAUCAAUGUAUCACUGAGAGGACCUCAAAA